GGUUUUCCUGAUAUUGGAAUUCCCGGGUUUCAGCGGGGGCGAGGGGGUGGCCCAGCCCUGCGACAAGCAAUCGCGGGCGGUACUUUGGAGCACCGGGUGUCCAGGGAGUCCAUCGGCCCGGGGCUCUCCCGGCCCCGGCCCACGCCAGCCGGGCUCAGGCUCCCCCGGCCGUGCUCCGGCCUCUGUGACGCGGCGUUCCAGGCCGUCGGCCCGGGUAGAGCCGGCAGCCGGAGGGGCGCGGCGACCGGAGGCGGCGGCGGCGGCAUGAACUACUACCAGCUACCGGUGGUGAUCGACAACGGCUCGGGAGUGAUCAAGGCGGGCCUGGCUGGGAGCCGGGAGCCCCAGUUUGUCUACCCGAACAUCAUGGGCCGCGCCAAGGGCCGUAGCUGGGCAUCCGAGAGAGAGAUGGAAGUGUGCGUGGGCGACCAAGCUCAGGACAGGAGGAGCUCGCUGUCCAUCAGCUACCCAGUGGAGCGUGGUCUCGUUACUUCCUGGGGAGACAUGGAGAUCAUGUGGAAGCAUAUCUACGAACACAACCUGAAGCUAAAGCCCUGUGAUGGCCCAAUCUUGAUUACUGAGCCAGCGCUGAGCCCACUGGCCAACAGGCAACAGAUCACUGAAGUGUUUUUUGAGCAUCUGGGUGUUCCUGCCUUCUAUAUGUCCAUCCAGGCUGUGCUGGCUCUCUUUGCUGCUGGCUUCACUACUGGCCUUGUACUGAAUUCAGGUGCUGGGAUCACCCAGUGUGUGCCCAUCUUUGAAGGUUACUGUCUGCCUCAUGGUGUCCAGCAACUGAAUCUGGCAGGCCUUGACCUCACCAACUACCUCAUGAUGCUGUUGAAGGACCGUGGUGUGGUGCUGCUUAGUGCUGCAGACAGAAAGACUGUUGCAGACAUUAAGGAGACCUCUUGUUAUGUGGCAAUGAACUACGAAGAGGAAAUGGCCAAGAAUCCUGAGUGUCUAGAGAAAGUUUACAAACUACCUGAUGGGAAGAUCAUCAAGCUCCAUGAGGAGCUCUUUCGUUGUCCAGAGGCCCUCUUCUCUCCAUGUCUCAUGAACCUUGAAGACCCUGGCAUUGAUAAGCUGUGCUUCAGCAGCAUAAUGAAAUGUGAUACAGAUCUGAGGAAUUCCUUCUUCUCCAAUAUUACCCUUGCUGGGGGAUCAACCUCUUUCCCUGGUUUAGACAAACGGCUAGUUAAGGAUAUAGCAAAGGUGGCUCCUGCCAACACUCCUGUGCAGGUUACAGCUCCCCCAGAACGGAAAAUGUCUGCAUGGAUGGGAGGUUCUAUUCUUGCAUCCCUCUCUGCCUUUCAGGACAUGUGGAUCACUGCUGCAGAAUUUAAAGAAGUUGGACCCAACAUAGUACACCAAAGAUGCUUCUGAAACAGAAGCAAAAUGGUUAGAAGAAAAUGUUUUGAGUAUAUGUGACAGAAAACUUUGGGUAUUAUAUGUUCUUGGGAGAACAGAACAUAUUCCAAUUAUUGGGAUGUCCAUGUUUCUGUUGUAUUUCUAAUGGUGGAAAAUAAUAAUAGUGAAUUAGUCAAACAACAGAUGUUUAUUGAGUGGAACCAAGUUAAA